UGCUUGCGGGGCGGCAUACCUAAAAAAGAAAGGUUUAGGAAUUCGGUCAGGGGUUAGCGGUGAUUCCUCAGAAGGAGUCCUAUAUUGUCAUAAAUUACAUUAUUCUUCAUAUCCGGGGACUCGUGUCCAAGAAAGCGAGGUCCUUUUUUAGAAUAGUAUGAAUCUCUUUUAUAAGGGAAGAAAGAGCUGGGUUCUCGAGCCCGUAGUCCUUAACAAGCUCUUCCAUAAAGCUAUUUGUUCCUAUUUCCACCUUUGCCUUAGGAAACUCGGGGAUUCUUUCUUUUUCAAAGAGAUCCAGAUAUUUCGAAAUGUCAUUAAUGACAAAAGCCUCUUUCUCAUUAAUAACUGCCUCCCCUAACGAGCUCUAUCUACAAUGCAUAACUCAAGCCAGUAGCUCUAGUAAUCACCAAAUAGCGGAGGUACUCGGACAAGGAGUAUUGAAAUCCACUAGUGAAGCUGUUAACUAACUGAAUCGAGCCAAGGAAUGAUAGGAGUGGCCCAUUCGAAUGCCUCGGGUAGGGAAUAUCGAUUGAAUCGGUAACUACAAACGUUGGCGAAAGAAGCGAACUAACAGUGUUGGUCCGUCCUAAUAUUGCUAAACCAGUUAUUUCGCUAGGAGAGCUACUUUCCCUUAAGUGCUAAUGGUUGUAGACCUAGCAAAUGGGGAGUGGCUUCCCUUUAGCUAGAACUCAUACCUCGAAAGAGUACUUCAGCUACUAACUUAACUUUAAGCUCAUACUUGAAUGAAACACACAAACUGGGGGUCGGGCAUUGAAAGGCAUUGAAAUUGGAUAUUAGCAUCACUAUCGAAAGGAAAGGAGUUGGAAUAGUGUUUAGUGAGCGUACUCUGCUGAGAGAUAUGCCGUGGGGAACGACAAACUACCAACAACAGAGCAAGGGAACUCGAGUCUCCUAGUUGAUGUUCGUACUAUUCAUCGAUGGUGAACUGCUAACUACCAACAACAUGGGCAGGGACCUAGAACCAUUAAUGAAUAGCGAUGGGACUACGAAUAAUAGGCCCUAGUGCCUAACUCUAUCAAUAAGCCCUAGCUCAUUCCUCUCACGAAUAGCUCUUUCCGCUCGACUACCUCGAAUAAGUAGCUAGGAUCUCUAGCAAGUAGGCCUUACUAUGAACUCAGGACUUGCAACUCAAGCAAGUAGCUCCGCUCCUAGGUCAGUCUUUAUUAUCACAUGGUUCUUGCUCCUAGCUAAUUGAAAGCUCACGUGACUAUGGCUUGAUUUUCCUCAUUGGCUAAAUAUGUCGCUUAUAACUAAGAAAGCAGCGAAGACGGGUAGGGUGCGGCUUCACGUAACCGAAUCCUUUUCCGACUUGACAGCACUUGACCUUCUUCUUCUGAAAGUAAAGAAAGAGAUGAGAUUGAUAAGCCGACAAAGCCAAUGAGCCCUAACUAAAGUCCCAAAACGGUACCCUUUGCUGAAUUCCAACAGCACAAAGGAUGGAUUGUUCAUUAAAUGAGAAAGGUACCCCUCUAGGUCUAAGGUUUCGUAUCGAUCUAUAGACUGAUCUACCUCUACCUCUACUUCUACUUCUUAUGUCUCGCCGGAGCUGGAGGACAGAUGCGAUAAGUUGUUACCGUUCGUUUCACGAUUUGGUAAUUCCCGCUUAUGAUAAUUUUUUUCUUUGGAACCUGGGAAAGAGCGCCAAGAGCCAGAUCUACUGUAGUGAAAUGAAAAACUAGAUAGUCCUCAUUCCCCUGCCACGCCCCACUUGGAGAAAGAGAGGUUUUGUGACCGAAUUCUCGAGAGAACCCUUACCUAUCUCCCAUAGUGCCGAGCCUAGAGUGAAAUCCCGCGUCGCGGGUCUCCGACUGCCUUAAGCUAAAUAUACCUUGUUGGUUGAUUGGAUUGGACUUUUUUUCGAGAAAGUUCCCCGUUUUUGUUUGCAUCUCAAGUGAGUCUGCUUCUUCGUUCUUCGUGCGACUUCUUCUCCGUCACAUCUGGCUUUGAAUUGAGUGAGUCUCUUUCACCUAAAACAAAGGAAGCCCUCUUGCCCACUCUUCCUUCCCCGCCCCAUUUCUGGAGCGGGCCUCGCUGUCGCCUUUGGCUCGAGCUACGUCUACUUCCUCAAAACAACCCAUAGAUAUCCUAAUUAACUACCAAUUCCGAUUUACGCGUCAUUUUCGGCUUCACGCCUCCCUUUUUUUAAAUUCUCGAGUAAGAAAAGAAAGAAGAACCUUACCUCUUUCUGAACACAAACCUACUUUAGAUCCACUAGAAAAUGUAGAUCUACUAGACUACAAACAAAGAAGUUGGUAGCAACAGAACUUCCUCUAAACCACUAAAGCCAGUACCCCUAUAACAACAAACAAGGCAAGUUUAGUUGACGGACCCCCUUUUCCGGCGGAGGAAUCUUUUUUUAGUAUUUACCUUCAAAUCUAAGCCGAAAGCCAAAGGCGAAAACUAAAAAACUAGUAAUAGUAAAGGAUGCUCGUGUUGUGGUUUUGAGCUCUUUGGCUUGUGUUCUAAUAGUAAACACAGG